AUGGAGGAUCAUAAUAAUUCAAUGUUAGUUUCACGUUCGGAAUCAUCCCUUUCGUUAGUUUCCAAUCAAACCAAUGAACCACUUCAUAAGAGAAUGUCGAGUGGAGUUAGUUUGGAUGAUUCCAUUGAAAUUCUGGAGGAAGGAGCAAAUUCUCAUCAUGGUGAUUCCAAUGAUGUAGAUGAUAAUCAUACAAAAAUACAAACAACAACAAUUAAUGGACAACGAAGAAUUGUGGGCAAACAGCAGCAAGAAAAGAAACAUCUUCCUCAUGAGCCUGGAAUGUUCUCUACAUUUGUUGAUUCGUUUUUGGAAUAUGUUGAAGAUGUGUUUGGAUUGGGAGGUGAUGCAAAUAAUAAUAAUGGAGAACAUCAAACUCAUGAUCCUACUGUGGAUGCAAAGGCUAAUUUUAGUAGUUUUAUCAAUUAA